AUGGAGGAGCAGGUGCAGGAGGAGAUGCCGCCAGCCCAGCACACAGGAGGCCACCACCCCGUGCAGGAGGGAGAGGUGUUCAACACGCGAUACCAGGCACUGCGUGAGCUGGGCUGCGGCGCCUUUGCCACCGUCUGGCUGUGCCAGGACAUGAGGAGGAAGAAACAAGUAGCUGUGAAGGUCCUGAAAAGCAGGGAAGGCUUUGCUGAUACUGCCCAGGAUGAGGUCACUCUCCUCCGCUGUGUGAACUGUAUGAAGAAGAAGGAUCGGGCAGGAGAAAAUAUCGUCUCUUUGUUAGAUGACUUCAGAAUGAUUGGAGAGAAUGGCUUCCAUAUGUGCCUGGUAUUUGAGGUACUGGGUCCUUCCCUGCGAUGUCUGAUGGGAAACUACACAACUCAGGGACUGCCUUUGCCUUUUGUGAAAAAAUCUUUACAGCAGGUGCUGGCAGGGCUGUACUUCCUGCACAAGCGCUGCCGCAUCAUCCACGCGGACAUCAAACCGGAGAACAUCCUACUGCAUGGACACGACAAAAGCCUCCAAAGGCUUCUCAUGGAUACGCUUGACUGUGACCAGAGAACACAUGUGAAGCUGAAGGGAGCAGGAGGUGAUCCUGGCAAUCAGUUGGAAGAAUCUGAUUUAAUGAGCAUAGAAGUGAAAAUUGCAGAUCUAGGCAGCGCGUGCUGGACAUACAAGCCCUUUUCCAAGGAGAUACAGACCCAGCCAUACCGUGCCCUGGAAGUGCUUCUUGGAUUAGACUAUGGCACUCCUGCGGAUAUCUGGAGCACAGCCUGCCUGGCAUUUGAAAUGGCAACUGGGGAGUGUCUAUUUGAUCCUCAACCUGGGAAAUAUUUCUCCAGAGAUGAUGAUCAUGUUGCUCGUAUUAUCGAACUCCUGGGAAGAAUUCCUCCUCAAAUUGCUUUCUCAUGGAACAAGUCAACAAAAUUUUUCAGCAGGCCAGGUAAGAAUGAGAGUAAGGAAGUUUACUUUAAAAAUCACAGUGGAUCUCUGACACACUCCUACUCAGCUCACACUGAAACACCCCAAAUGUUACAUUACACAAGACAGAGAUUUCAUAAAAAGCAGUAAUACUCCCUGCCCUGCCUACCUCUGCAACCCAUGAGCAUUCCAGGGAUGAAUACAAAAUCCUGAAAAACAGUCACAGCAAACACCCAACAGGGAAAACAAUUCCAUUCUUUCUCCUUUGGAUUUGGAGAGAAUGGAAAUACAGGCAGGAAACAGCUACACACCAGGAAGGCUGAAGAGUGUGUAACUGGCUGGAUUUCACCCGUUCACUGGCAGAGAACAAUGAUGACCAGGAAUGGGACACUCACAUCCU